GUGGUAUGUAAUUAUCUCCCGUUGAAUAGAUUCGUCAUUUCCCAACCUCCUUUCAUCCAUUUUUCUUAAAUACAAUUUUACAAAAAACUGCUCCUUUUUUCUCUUCCUUUUUGUCUGUCACUCUUUCAUUACAAAUUCUCUUCUCUCUCUCUCUCUCUCUCUUUCUUUCUUUCUCUCUCUUUAACUUCCACCCUGUUGUCUGUUGAAUGAAUGGCAAACUAAAAUCAAGUCGAAGCAUCUAAAAUGGCGGCUUCACUCUCCAAAUCUAUGCUAUUGUUCCAAAUAGCAUGCCUUUCUAUCACUUUCUUUAUAAAACUUAGAUCCAACGCUCAACUUAUUCCUCAAGAUGAAGUGACAACCCUGAAAGUAAUUUCUGAGAAGUUGGAGAAUACAUAUUGGAAGGUGAUCACUCAAAAAUCCUGCUCUGAUGGGGGUCGAAGCUUCAAUAAAACCUACGCUCGUAAUAUUCUUAGCAACGUCACAUGUGAUUGUUCAUUUAAUAGCAGUACUCUUUGCCAUGUCACACAUAUUCAGUUGAAGGGUCUGAAUCUUACUGGUUUGCUUCCAGAAGAAUUUGGAGACCUUACUCAUCUGCAAGAAAUUGACCUCUCCAGAAACUAUGUUAGUGGACCCAUCCCCAAAAGUUUGUCGAAGAUCCCACUUGUCACCUUAUCACUUCUGGGGAACCAUAAUACUGGUCCUAUCCCAGAAAAUAUUGGACAAAUUACGACCCUGGAGGAGUUGAUCUUAGAAGACAACCAACUAGGAGGACCUUUGCCGAAGAGCCUUGGAAAUUUGAAAAACUUGAGAAGAUUGGUGCUCGCUGGAAACUUUUUUAAUGGAACAAUACCUGAUACAUUUGUCAAGCUGAAGAACCUCACAGAAUUAAGACUCAGUGGAAAUGCUAUUUCUGGAAAGAUACCUGAUUUCCUCGCCAUUUUGACCAGCCUUCAAUCUUUUGAUAUUCAAGGCACUUCAAUGGAGGGGCCUAUUCCAUCUACUUUUUCCAAUUUGACGAAUUUGCAAAUUUUGAGAAUUUCAGAUCUUAAUACAAGAAGUAUAAGUUUCCCAAACUUAACAGAUAUGAAGAAUUUGACGUAUUUGGUACUCAGAAACUGCUCAAUUACUGGUCCGAUUCCCAACUUUGUUGGAAACUUGGCAAAUUUGAAGCUCAUAGACCUGAGUUACAAUCGAUUGAGUGGUCAAAUACCAGAAUCAAUGCAACCCUUACCACUUAAUUACCUGUUCUUAACAAACAACUCGUUAUCUGGAAUAUUACCAAGUUGGAUAUUGAACAGCAAGCAGUACUUCGACGUGUCUUAUAACAAUUUCACCGGAUCAUCGCCAGCUAGUUGCCAGCAAUCAAAUGUGAACCUUGUGGCCAGCUAUUCGUCUGCAAAGAGCAAUGUAGUAAAUUGGUGCUUGAGGAGGGACCUUCCUUGCUCCACUAAACCCCAACAUUAUUCUUUGUUCAUCAAUUGUGGUGGCAAUAAGAUGAACUUUCAAAGGAACGAAUAUGAAGAGGACUCUUCUCCUGGAGGCCCUUCCACUUUCUUUGCAAACGGGGAAAAGUGGGCUUACAGUAGUACAGGAGCUUUUCUUUAUACUGAACAAGCUAACUUCUUGGCAAUGGAAACAUCCAACCCCAAUGUGACGGACAUUUACCAAACAGCUCGCUUGGCACCUUUGUCACUCAAAUAUUACGGCCUUUGCUUACUACAAGGAAGUUACAAAGUGAAGCUUCACUUUGCUGAGAUAAUGUUUUCCGAUGAUGGGACUUUUGACAACAAUGGCAGGCGCUUCUUUGAUGUGGCAAUUCAGGGGGAUGUAAAGCUCAAGGAUUUCGACAUAGAGGCAGCAGCUGGAGGUGCUGGCAAGCCAGUAACUAGGGAGUUUGAUGUCUAUGUUAACGGGAGCACACUUGAAAUCUACUUAUACUGGGCUGGAAGAGGAACAACAGGUUCUCCUGAUAGGGGAGCAUACGGACCCCUUAUAUCUGGGAUUUCAGUGACACCUAACUUCAAAAUUAAGAAAAAAGGAGUAUUGUCUGCUGGAGCUAUUGCUGGAAUUGUGCUUGCUUCAUGUGCCAUUGUUGUAGCAGUCCCCGUAUUUCUGUGGUUGACAGGUUACUUAUGUGGAAAAGACCAAGAAGAUGAAGAACUCCGAAAGUUAGGUACGGGAUAUUUUACCUUGAAGCAGAUUAAAGCAGCAACAGAUGACUUUGAUCACAGAAACAAAAUCGGUGAAGGAGGUUUUGGGCCCGUGUUCAAGGGUGUACUACCAGAUAGUAAAGUGAUUGCUGUCAAGCAGCUUUCUUCCAAAUCGAAGCAAGGAAAUCGUGAAUUUGUCAAUGAGAUAGGCAUGAUCUCUGCCUUACAACACCCAAAUCUAGUGAAGCUUUAUGGGUGUUGUAUUGAAGGAAAAGAACUAUUGCUUGUUUAUGAAUACAUGGAAAACAACUCUCUGGCCCGUGCAUUGUUUGGCAAAGAGAAUCAGAAGUUACAAUUGGACUGGCAAACAAGAAUGAGUAUCUGCUUGGGCAUUGCGAAAGGAUUAGCAUAUCUACAUGAGGAGUCAAGGCUCAAAAUUGUUCACAGAGACAUUAAGGCAACCAAUGUGCUACUUGAUAAGGAGUUAAACGCUAAAAUUUCAGACUUCGGUCUGGCGAAACUUGAUGAAGAUGAAAAUACUCAUAUCAGUACGAGAAUUGCUGGAACAAUAGGUUAUAUGGCCCCUGAAUAUGCAAUGAGAGGUUAUCUUACGGAUAAAGCAGACGUAUAUAGCUUUGGAGUUGUCGUACUUGAGAUUGUCAGUGGGACUAGCAACACGAGUUAUAGGCCAAAGGAAGAGUUUGUGUACCUUCUUGAUUGGGCCUAUGUCUUACAAGAACAAGGAAAUCUUCUAGAGCUUGUGGAUCCAAGUCUAGGCUCAAGUUACUCAAAAGAAGAAGCAUUGAGGUUGCUAAACAUAGCACUAUUAUGUACCAAUCCAUCUCCUAGUCUUAGACCUUCAAUGUCUUCAGUCAUGAGUAUGAUUGAAGGCCAAAGCCCGGUCCAAGCACCCAUUGUCAAACGUACCGGAAUGAACGAUGAGUUAAGGUUCAGAGCUUUUGAGAGAUUGUCACAAGACAGUCAAACUCAUGUCUCAGGUAGCUCGAUGUCAAGCCAUGUACAGAGGAGCAUGUCGAUAGAUGGUCCGUGGACAGAUUCUUCAAUUUCCAUGCAUAGCAAGGAUGAGUUCAGUGUAAAAUCACCCUCAACAUCAAAGCUGCUUCCUGAUAAUGUUGAUUAAAGUCGGAAUAAUAUGAGCAACUGUAUGUAAGAAGUUUCUUUGGUAAAGGUAAAACAUCAGGAAAUAGUUGGCUUGAAGUAACGACUAGUAUUUAGUUAGUGUUAGUCUUAUCUACAGAGAACAGUUCACUAAUUAUAAUCCAACGUCCACCAAAACCAUCUCCAUCGGAAAGAAAUGGACAUUGUUUUAAAAUCCUCUAAUCUGCUUGUUUGAAUUUCUUGUUUCCACUGACUUUUAGGAAUAAUUUCCUUUUUUUUGUUUUAUUAUUCUUGUAGAUAAGGAAUAGUAAUGACUUGCUGAUGA